CCCCACCUUCUGCAGCCACUGCACUGACUUCAUCUGGGGCAUCGGGAAGCAGGGGCUGCAGUGCAUGGUUUGCAGUUUCGUGGUCCACAAACGCUGUCACGAGUUCGUCACCUUCGAGUGCCCCGGGGCCGGAAAGGGACCCCAGACCGACGACCCCCGGAACAAGCACAAGUUCAAGAUCCACAGCUACAGCAGCCCCACCUUCUGCGACCACUGCGGCUCCCUCCUCUACGGGCUCGUCCACCAGGGCAUGAAGUGCUCCUGCUGUGAGAUGAACGUCCACAAGCGCUGCGUGCAGAGCGUGCCCUCCCUCUGCGGGGUCGACCACACCGAGCGCCGGGGGCGGCUCCAGAUCCGCAUCCAGGCCCUGCCCGGGGAGCAGCUACACGUUACUGUGGGGGAGGCUCGGAACCUGAUCCCGAUGGAUCCCAACGGGCUGUCGGAUCCCUACGUGAAGCUCAAGUUGAUCCCCGACCCCAAGAACGUCUCCAAGCAGAAGACGCGGACGGUGAAGGCGACGCUGAACCCCGUCUGGAACGAGGCCUUCCUCUUCACUCUCCGCCCCGGUGACGCCGAGCGCCGCCUGUCGGUCGAGGUCUGGGACUGGGACCGCACGUCCCGCAACGACUUCAUGGGGGCCAUGAGCUUUGGGGUGGCCGAGCUGCUCAAGGGACACGUCGAUGGAUGGUUCAAGCUGCUGAACCAGGAGGAGGGCGAGUAUUACAACGUGCCCGUGGCCGACACCGACGACUGCGGCCUCCGACCCAGGCCUGCUUUUGGCACCGGCCGCUCCCACCUCGGGGACUUCACCUUCCUCAUGGUGCUGGGCAAGGGCAGCUUUGGCAAGGUGAUGCUGGCGGAGCGCUGCCUGUCCGAGCUCUUCGCCAUCAAGAUCCUGAAGAAGGACGUGGUGGUCCAGGACGACGACGCCGCCUCCACCCUGGUGGAGCGCCGGGUGCUGGGCCCUGGGCCCGCGGCCCCACCUCUCACCCACCUGCACUCCACCUUCCAGACCCCCGACCGGCUCUAUUUCGUCAUGGAAUACGUCACGGGGGGGGACCUGAUGUACCACAUCCAGCAGGUGGGGAAGUUCAAGGAGCCCCACGCCAUGUUUUACGCUGCCGAAAUCGCCAUCGGUCUCUUCUUCCUCCACAACCAGGGCAUCAUCUACAGGGACCUGAAGCUGGACAACGUGAUGCUGGACGCCCAAGGGCACGUGAAAAUCACGGAUUUUGGGAUGUGCAAGGAGAACAUGUUCCCGGGGGCCACCACCCGCACCUUCUGCGGCACCCCCGACUACAUCGCCCCCGAGAUCAUCGCGUACCAGCCCUACGGGAAGUCCGUGGACUGGUGGUCUUUUGGGGUCCUCCUUUACGAGAUGCUGGCGGGCCAGCCCCCCUUCGAUGGGGAGGACGAGGACGAGCUGUUCCAGUCCAUCCUGGAGCAGACGGUGACUUACCCCAAAUCCCUGUCCCGCGAGGCUGUCGCCAUCUGCAAGGGGUUCCUGACCAAGCACCCGGGGCGCCUCAGGGCAGGGCCAGGGGAGAGCAGGAGGUUCGGGUCACCCCUUUUCCGCCAGCACCGACUGGGAGCGACUGAGCGACUGGAGGUGCCCCUGUUCACUCCCGCCCCGGUGAGAGACCCCCUCAAAAAACAACACCCCAGGACCUCCAAAACCCCCAAACCCCCUGUUCACCUCCCGCCCGUGCGGUCGGAACGGGGAGAACUUCGACAAGUUCUUCACCCGCGCCCCCCGCUGACCCCCGACCAGCUGGUCCUGGCGAGGCUGGACCAGGACGAGUUCUCGGGGUUCAGCUACACCAACCCCGACUUCCUGCACCCCGACCUGCGCCUCGCCAGCCCCCCCAGCUCCCUCGUCUGACCCCCCACCCCAAAAAAAUAUUUGGGGGGGGGUCCCGACCCCCAAAAAUUCCUACACCCCGAUUUUGGGGGGAUUCUCCCUCAAUUUGGGGCUCCCAGACCCCUCUUUAAACCCCCUCUCCCCAAUUUGGGGGUUCCUGCACCCCGACCUGCGCCUCGCCA